AUGGCCAGCCUCAACAACCUCCUCAACCCGGACUCUUCCUAUGAACCGUCCAUCAGGCAAGCCGUCCUCUCUCCCACCACCACGAGCCCUACUAUUUCGCCUACCGAAAAGACCUCGGAGAGCAGUAGUACUGCAGUUGAGCUGAGGCCACCACCACCACGUGCCGAGGUCGUCAUUCGCGCCCAUGAACCCCAUCCAGACUGCCCCGACACACUCGCGUGUCUCCCAGAUACAGAUGGCCGGCCUCAACAUACACUUCCCGUUAUUCUGCGCUGCACCAUCCUUGGAAGCCCACGCAAGCGGUUGACAAUUCGGGAGAUAUAUGCUGCCAUGGAGAGGAAGUAUCCAUAUUAUAAGACGGCGGGUCCCGCAUGGAAGCAAUCUGUGAGGCACCAUCUCUCACUCAAUCGUCUGUUCGAGCGACAACCUCGCCCGCCCUCCGAUCCUGGUUUCGGGUCGUACUGGACUGUCAACCUCGAAGCACCCCCCGGAACGAAGCGUCCAAGGAAGAGAGGAGGCAGAUCGAAUAAAGUCGAGUACUCUGAGAACGGCCCUGGGCCUGUCCAUCCGCCUCCUCUGCCUGCGUACUCUACGCCUCCGAUGUCGCAAAUUGCGCCACCACAUCCCCAUCCUCAAAAGUCUGUCUCCACUAUCGCGAAGUUAAGGCCGGUGGACAGUAGGUCAUUCAGUCAGACAUCUACGAUGCGUUCUCGCAGGCUAUAUGACGAGGACGAGGACGAUAUGGACUGGGAAGACGGCGACGGCCCUCAGUUUUCCGAUGACGACUACUCGAGUUCGGAGGAUAUGCCGUACCAGUAUGAUCCUCGCGCUCAUAAUCGCAACUCCAGUUCCUACUCGGGGUCCAGCCACCGUACGUAUUCUGGGUCGCAAGGCCAGUCUGGCCGAUCAGUCCUCCAUGGGGCCUUUUCGAGCUAUUCCAACACCGAUCACCCCGACUCCACCAUUGAGCGACUCAAGAUGGAGAUGGCAGGGCUCCGGCGGCAGUCGCAAGACGCUGUCAAUGCAUCCUUGCGGCUGUCCGACCAGCUCACGGCUUCUCAGGAGGAUGCGGCCCGGGCGAAGGCUGCUUUGAAGGUUGCGGAGAAUAUGCUCGAAGAAGAAGCGCGUCGCCGGUUACAGGCGGAGCAGAAUGCCGAGGAAGAAGCCCGGCGGCGGAGGACAGCGGAGGAAUCACUCCGACAGUACGAGGCACAGGCGCGGGCGCAGCGGAAGCCCAACGCCUACGCCCGAGCUUAA